AUGACUGUUGGAGGCCCAACGAUCACUCUUUCAAAUGGAGUGAAAAUGCCUCAAGUUGGCUUGGGAACAUGGCAAUCCUCUCCCGCCGAAGUGAAGGGAGCGGUGAAAGCGGCUAUUGAAGCUGGGUAUCGUCUUAUCGACACAGCUGCUCUCUAUCAGAACGAAGGCGCUAUCGGUGAGGUCAUUCACGAACUGAUCCAGGCCGGAAAGAUUAAGCGGGAGGACCUCUUCAUCACGACUAAGUUGUGGGUCACACAUCUUCAUCCGGAUGAUAUUGAAUCUGCAAUACGGGAAUCACUUCGUCUUCUUCAAGUCGACUACGUCGACCUUUAUAUUCCACAUAUGCCGGCUUGUUUUAAUCAUGACAUGACCGCACAGAACCAUUCAGUGAAAGUGGAAGAUGUCUGGAAAGGGUUGGAAGCUAUUUACAAGAAAGGUUUGACGAAAGCUAUUGGCCUCUCGAACUUCAGCGGUGAACAAGUCGAACGCAUCAUGAAAAUCGCUGAGAUUCCCAUCCACAAUUUGCAGGUUGAACUACAUCUCUACUGGCCUCAACAUGAAUUGCAUGAAAUUUGCAAGAAACACAAUAUCUCCAUCACUUCUUAUGCUACCUUAGGAUCGCCAGGACGUGUUAACUUCAAACUUCCUAGUGGAGCAAAAAUGGAAUGGGCUCCCGCUCCAGCCGAUAUGGAUGACCCGAAUGUCAAAAAGCUGGCCGAGAAGUACAAGAAAACUCCGGCUCAGAUCCUGUUGCGUUAUGUUAUGGACAGAAACAUUGCUGUGAUCCCUAAAUCCGUAAAUCCUUCAAGGAUCGUGGAGAAUUUCCAGGUUUUUGACUUCAAAUUGACCCCGGAUGAAAUCAAAGAGCUCGAGACGACACCUCAUCGUCAAAGACUUUUCAUGCAAAAUUUCAUGGAAGGGCACCCAGAGGAUCCAUUCGCAUCGGAGAGGAAACACUGA